CCUUUUUGUUAGUUCGAAGCUGACUCCCGCCAUACUAAAACGUUUUAAACUUAAAUAACUCAAUCAAUAAAUUAUUGACAGUUCUUAAUAAAUAAAUCAAAUAACCCAAUAAAUUAUUGACAGUGGCCAAUAAAUAAGUGAAAAAAGUGUGCUUAUAUUUUUCAUUUUUAAAUUAAAAAUAAAAUUUUAAAUAUGGCAAAAGUGUUGUAUUUGGUGGUGUGCUCGAUUCUGGUACAUAUGAGUUCAGCAAAGUAUGUGGAUAAAAGGAAAUGCCCUGAAGUGAGGGCGGUGCCGCAUUUUGACUUGCCUCGGAUGCUGGGAGACUGGUUUGUAGUGGAAUAUUAUGCGAGUGCUGAAGAGGCUCUCUCGUACAGCUGUAUGCGAGCAGUUUUCACCGAAGACGACCACGUUCCCACCGCAGAUGGUUCAAUAGAAUUCACACCAGGGGUGACAAUGAACUUCACAUACCGUUUUGCCGAUGAUCCCCUCGGAGAGAACCUACUGGGCAAUAUCACAUGGCGGGUGGACUUGAACGAGCCCGCACACUGGACGCAUGCUGAGAAAACUUACGACGGCAUAUACAACACGUACGUGUUAGACACGGAGUACAAGACCUGGGCUCUGCUCCUCCACUGUGCCGAGCAGACGGAGGGCGCGCGCUACUUGAGCGCGUUUGUCCUGUCGCGGACCACCGCGCUGCCUAAGAACGUGAUGGCUUACUUGAGGGACAAGUUGCCGAGAUACGAUGUUGACGUCAACUAUGUAUUCCCGAUUCCUCAUAAGCAUUGUUCCACCAAACCUCCCAGGUUUGACUACUCACCAAUUCUUGUGGAAGUCGGCAGCAAGGUGCCCAAGAAACCAGGAGUCUCCUACAAAGUUGCUUUUGGCCAUUAAGUCAUAAGAAGAAUUUAAUAUAGAUGAUACAGAAAGACAGUCAUAGAUUUUGUUUUGAUGUUCAACUUUUUUUAUUUGUAUACAUAUGGGAUCCGAUAUUCUUUUUUCUUUGGGCCUACAAAGACCAUGUUGCAUACUAAGAUUUAUAUCUCAUCUUAUUAAAUAAGGGCUGACAAUAAUUCUGUGAUGAUAAAAUUAGAUUAUUCCAAAUAAAUAUGUGUGACCAUAAUGUGCCUUGAAAGCUUCAAUGGCAUAGAGAAAGAAAGUAUGUGUUAAGAAUUUGAAUAUAUUACACACUGUAUAAAGUAAAGCAAGGUUUUGACAUGAUGAAACAAUAAAAUAUAUUUUUGAA